AGACAGUCGAAACCUAUCGGGCCAAUGGAGCUGUUGAAAUACUUUAUUAGAUCUAUUACUUCUGAAACUCUUCAAAUUAACCAAUGUCAGUUUAGCUCGAUACCCCGCAAGAAUCUAGAUUACAUUUCCCCAGAGUACACUAAGGAGUCAGAAGUCCGGGGUUCUGUCCGGGGUUCCGCCGCUGCUUCGAACAAGGGGGGGGGAAUUCUACUAUAUGUUCAAGAUGCCUGUGAUCCUAAACUUCGUUCCUGGCAGGUCACGUUUGUUAUUUUAUUGAUCUUCUAACCUAUUACCACUUGAAACACUAUGUCUGACCGAGACUUCAAGAUCGAGAGCGAGCAUCGUGACGAGAUGCUAGAGCGUGUUAAAACAACAGGCGCCAUCUCCAUGCCCCCCGAGCUUUUUGAGCAACUCUACCUGGCGCCUAAAAACCACGUCAGUGGACAACUCCGUCAUACCUUUGGUAACCCGACACCUAUAGCUUUGAGUGGGUUCCUACUGUGCUCGACGCCCCUCUCCAUGAUCUUACUUGAGUGGCAAGGGGCAGGCGGAUUCGGUGGUGGCGCAAAUGUCGGCUCAUACUUUUUCCUUGGUGGUCUUCUCGUCCUUCUUGGAGGAAUUGGCGAGUGGAUUCUGGGCAAUACCUUUCCAGCUACUGUGUUCUUGACAUUCGGAGGCUUCUGGCUUACCUUCGGUGCCACUAUUGUACCUGGAUAUGGAGCUUACGCCCUCUACUCGACAUCUGGGGUUGCUGCGCAAGGGUUGGAUGAGGCGCAGUUUUACGCAACAUUUUCCUUCUUCUUGGUGGCUAUGACGUUGCUUUCUGCCGUAUAUACAGUUGCAAGCAUACGGACGAAUGUUGUGCUUUUCGUACUCUUACUCCUCCUCAUCCCAACGUUUGCGUGUCUCUCGGGUUCAUUCUUCGCCGUGGCACAGGGUCUUCCUAUGAAGGCGCAGAAAUUACAGCAUGUUGGAGCUGGGCUGUUGCUUGUAGUCUCCCUUCUAGGUUGGUACAUCUUCGUGGCAUUGAUCCUUUCAUGUGUUGAGUUCCCGUUCAUGUUACCUCUUGGCGAUCUGUCAACUGUCAUUCCCCCACGGAAGGAUGAAAGUCGAAAACAGUGAUGAUGAUUACAAUCGCAAGAAUGUUACAAAGAUAGAGUAAGCCAGCAAGGUAGGAUAGUUGGGGCUUGGAAUUGAUUGAUCACGCCUUGGAUAACUACUGGAGGAGAUAGUUGAGUCCAAGGCUGAUAAAGUUGACUGCAAUAAUUAGCUUGCUUGUUCCCAUUCUCUUCCUGUAUUCUUAACAUAGUGUAUUUGUCGGACAGAAGUAGAAAUAUAUACC